AUGGGCUCGCAGCGCGUAGGCAGGUUUUGCGUGCGUACACAGAGGGACGAGACUGGGAGCUGUCGCAACCACAUCCUGUCUACCACAGCGCGCAAUAUCGUUAAGCGCGGCUCCGCUGACGUCAAGACGAGAGGAGGCGCGCGUGCUGCGAGCACCAAGUUUACUCUCGAGAUGGAAGAAUCCCUCGUCGAGUACCAGGAGGACAACUGCCAGUACAGACUCGAACAUGUGAGUGACAUGCUUUCGUUCGACUUUGGCGUUACCGUCAGCACGUCGCGCAUUGCAAGAAGUUCUGUGACAAGCUGUUUACAGUGA